AUGUCGUCCUCCGGGCAGGGGUGGUGCCCGAUGCGGGCCCAGAGGACCUCGUUGCACUUCUCCACGUCAUCCUCCCCGAGUGGGGCGAUCUCGCGGUCGCUGGCCUGGUCGAUGACCAUGGCCAACUUGAUCAAUCGAGAGCUACCGCCCUGGAGGAGGUUUUGCCGCCGCCGCCUGAAGACGAACGACCUCGGCCUCGAAAAUAUUGGCCUUGUCAUCCGCGUCCUGCUUCUUUUCGCGCUCGGCGAGCAUGGGUUCAGCCCCGGAGGCGGGACGCACAACGGCCCCAAUCCGGCUGACGCCAAGUGGAUCGCUGACGGCUCGGCCCCUUUCGAUCCGCCAUGA